AUGAAAUUCUCUACUACUUUAUUUGCUUUAUCUGUUUCAGUUGCCUCCGUUUUGGCUGCUGACUCAACUACUGGUGGUGUUGCUUCCUCUCUUGCCGCCAAGGCUACCUCAAAGGCUGGUUCUGCUGCCAGUGAUGUUACUUCCAAAGCCGGUUCUGCUGCUAGUGGUGCUUCUUCUAAGGCUAGUUCUGCUAAAAGUGGUGCUUCUUCAAAAGCUAGCUCUGGUGAAAGUGAUGCUUCAUCAAAGGCUAGUUCUGCUACUGCUGAUUCUAAAUCUAGUUCAUCUGCUGAAUCAAGUUCAUCUGGUAUGGCUCCAGCUGUUAUUGCUGGCGGUGCUGGUUCCUUCGCCGUCAUUGCUGGUAUCUUGUUGAUGUAA